AUGUCGUCGUCAGGAUCAAGUCGACUAUGGGUUGGCCCAUUACUGCUUAUCCUUGUCAUAGCUUUGAUCUAUAUAUUCAGUCUGAUGCCGAAUACACCACCACCAAGAGAACUUACACCACUUAUCGACGAUGCUCAUCAUGUUCGUACAUUCCGUUUAGGAGACCAUGAGAUUACAGAGUCGUUCGACGAUUUGAAGGUUGAAGUGCCACGUGAGUGCCAAUGCUCUGGUCGCCUCUUCGGUAAAGCAUGUGAUUUGGUGUGCGUUGAAGGGCAAGUCAUAGAUGGUCGGUGUAGAUGCAGGGAAGAACGUACUGUUCCAACUCUUCUUUUGAUCAUUGUCUUGUUGUUCCCUAGUAAGCAAUUUCUUUGCAUGGUUGAGAAAUUCUGGUAUCUAGGCUACAUGGGUAUGUCUUGCGCUACAUGUGAUCCUACUUCUGGCCGAGAAUGCUAUAUGGGUAUGUCUUGCGCUACAUGUGAUCCUACUUCUGGCCGAGAAUGUGAGAUCCCCGCGAAGCGACGAGGUGCGGUGAAUUCUCGUCUCACCCUCAGUGGAUUGUCAUUCUGCAUGAUUACAAUAGGAUUGCUCUGCGUUACGGCAAGAAGACGUCGAGCUGGACCUCUUCCUCCAUCAGAAGACACCUGGUACAGAGUUUUUCAGCCGGCUCAGUCAAGAGCUGCUAGGUGUCGACAUGAUUUAAUGUGUGGGAAUUCUUGGAUACCUAGAGAUCGAGCGUUGCUUGUGGCUCCGGGUAGAGCAGCAGUUGUACAUGGAAGCAGCCGAAGUUCUAGGUAA